UCUGGGUUUGUCUGCGUGCAGCACUCGCCCAACAUGAGCACCUACAGGAAGGGCGCGAAAGAAGUUCAACGUGCACACGGACGGACGGACGGAUGGCAAUCGAGAUUGGGCACGGGGAGGAGGAGAGACAGAGAGAGAGUGAGAGACGGAGAAGGUGGAGGAGUGGAGGUGCUUCCUCGCUCUCUCCACAGAGUUCGUGAUCUCCGCACGCGAAUGGCAGUCACGGACACGCAGGACAAACACAUCUCCUGCGCGCCUCCUAAGGGGAAUGACUUCACUUCACAGCCUCUCCCUCUCUGAUCAUUAAUCAGACGAGUUGACGUGGGCUGUGAUUAAUGAGAUACGUUGGUGAUGGAGCAGAUCGUGCGUCGGAUGCAGGCUGAGGAGGGCGGCGUCGCGAUCCGCACCGUCAAGAGCUUCCUCACCAAGAUCCCCAGCGUGGUCACGGGAGCCGACAUUGUGCAGUGGCUCAUGAAGAACCUCAACACCCAGGACCAAGCGGAGGCGCUGCACCUGGGCACGCAGAUGGCAGCCCACGGCUACUUCUUCCCCAUCUCAGACCACGUGCUGGUGCUCAAAGACGACGGCGCCUUGUACCGGUUCCAGAAUCCAUAUUUCUGGCCUUCCAACUGCUGGGAUCCCGAGAACACGGAUUACGCCGUGUAUCUGUGCAAGAGGACCAUGCAGAACAAGGCGAGGUUGGAACUCGCGGAUUACGAGGCCGAGAGCCUCGCGCGACUGCAGAGAGCGUUCGACCGCAAGUGGGAGUUCAUCUUCAUGCAGGCGGAGGCGCAGGCCAGGGUCGACCGCAAGAGGGAGAAGCUGGAGAGGAAGGUGAUGGAGAGCCAGGAGCGCGCCUUCUGGGAUGUGCACAGACCCGUGCCCGGCUGCGUCAACAUCCUCGAGUUGGACAUCAAGAAGUCAAGUCGCAAAAUCAACUCGGGCAGAGCUCACAAGUCUGUCUAUGGACUCAAGGAGGAGGGACGGGCUGACGGAUCUCCACCCUCGCCGCCUCCAGAUGUCAAACGGCCAAGCAUGGAGGAGCUCAAACGGCAGGUGCGGUUCAUGCACGCGCAGAUGGAGCGGCACGGCAUGAAAACGUCCAAAGUGGCGGACAGCCUCAUCGCCUACUCGGAGCAGUACACGGACUACGACCCGUUUCUGACGCCGCCAGACCCCUCCAACCCCUGGGCAUGCGACGACGCCAGCUUGUGGGAGCUGGAGGCCAGGAAAGAGCCGAGCCACCAGCGGGUGGUGCGGUGGGGGUUCUGCAUGGACGAGGUGCUCAAGGACUCGGUGGGGCAGGAGCAGUUCCUGCGAUUCCUGCAGUCAGAGUUCAGCUCCGAGAACCUGCAGUUCUGGGUGGCUGUGCAGGAACUUAAGCGCCUGCCGUUGCGGAAGGUGGCAGAUCGUGCCCGGGAGAUCUGGCAAGAGUUCCUGGAGCCUGGGGCACCCAACACCAUCAACCUCGACUCGCACAGCUUCGAGCGCACAGCACACAACGUGCGGGAACCCGGCAGAUUCGCCUUCCAGGAUGCGCAGGAGCACAUUUACAUGCUGAUGAAAAACGACAGCUACGCCAGAUUUCUGCGGUCCAACAACUAUCAAGAACUUCUGGCGGCCAGAAAGAUGUCUGACCAUGACCAAGACAGACGGACAUCGUUUGAGAAGUUCACGCGGAAUGUGGAAUUGUCCUUAAGAGGCAGAAGACACAGACCAUCAUCUGCCAGAGCGGCUUCAUCGAAUUGAGCCUUCACGAGUCUCGAGGGAAGGGAUCCUGAGACAUCGCCUGGAAGCAAGAUCAACUUUUUUUGCCAAUGCUUCUCAUGUGCUGCUAAUUGAUGUGUCCACACGCCCACUU